GGAGAGGGAUUCUUCAGCAGGGCUUUGGUAGGGAAGGACUGCUACCUGUGAGCAUUGAAAAUGCCUGUGAUAAACGUGGAGGAUCUGACAGACAAGGACAAGGCUUUGAUGGAAGUGAAUCAACUCAAAGUCGAAGUCAAGCUUGAAAGGUGGUUGACAUCUAAAUGCUGUGAGGAAAUCAAGGAAUACAUCCAGGACCGAGUGGAGGAGGACACCCUCGUCAAAGGCAUUUCAGAGGAGAAGAACCCUUUCAAGGAGAAAGGCGGCUGUGUCAUCUGCUAAAAUGGACCUGAGGAGCUUUUCGUGCCACAGAUUAGACCCAAAGACAUUCUCCCCCUCCCCUCGCAAAAUGAAUUUACAGACUGAGAAGACUAGAAGACCACAAGAAAGAAAGAUUGUGUAACACGGCACAAGCUCCUGUGUAAAUAAAUCCACAUCUUCCAGCCA